GCAGGGUCUUGACCCGAAAUGUCAACUUAUACCUUUUGCCUCAAUAGAUGCUGCUUAACCCGCUGAGUUCUUCCAGAGCUCUGUUCUUUUUUUUGCAUUUUUCCAGCAUCUACAGUCUCUUCUGUUUUCAUACUGUCAGUGAAGCAUUCGCUUGUAACUGUGUCCUGCGUGUUAUAAAGUGUUAAGCCAACUGUGGCUGUCCUGCGUAACCAGCGAAGUUCUUAAGUUCCUUCUUUUGUCUUCUUGGGGCCACUGCAGAGUCUCCCUCGGCUGCUGACUGGUGUGUUUUUUUUUGGAAACCAUCUCAUUGGAAACAUUCCUGAUCACCGACUCACCCGAGAUAAACAUCACCAACUCUGAAAACAACUGAAGUCUUCUGAUUCGCAAGAGACCCGCUAGUCACUUGGAGCUCACAGUUUUGCUCCUUCCAUUCUCAGAAGGAAGUAAAAAGGAAUUCCGAAAUGCAGCGUCCUUGGGACUCACUGUGUUCGCUGCUCGUGUGUAUCUCAAUGCUGAGCUGCAGCCACUCGGCACCAACUGAUUGUCAUCAUGAACAAAUAAGACUGAGGGCUCAGGUGAAAGCUCUGGAACUUCGGAUUAAACAGCAGCAACUUCAGAUUGAACGCAUCUUGAGAGAGAGGGAAAACUUGCAAAGUGUUGAUGCUUCAGAAGAUGAUGAAUCCCUGAAUGAACUGGAAGGAAGAAAAUUCUUUGCAGAUUGUGCAGAGGCCUUCAACAGUGGUAAUAGGCGCAGCGGAUUUUACAGAAUUCAGCCACUGGCAUCGCCUUCAAGCUUUCUCGUGCACUGUGACAUGACAGGAGGAGGAGGCUGGACUGUUGUUCAGAGACGGAUUGAUGGCAGUGAAAACUUUGACAGGGUCUGGUCUGAUUAUAAACAAGGAUUUGGAAACUUCCAAUCAAUCAAUGGAGAAUAUUGGAUUGGAAAUGACAACUUGCAUUUUUUGACAUCACAGGGAGACUACACAGUGAAAAUUGAUCUCACUGACUGGGAAGGUGAAAAACGUUACGCACAAUAUGAACGUUUCAAAGUUCAAAACGAACAGAAUUCAUAUGUUUUAAGCUUUGGCGCUUACACUGGAUCUGCAGGGGAUUCACUGAGUGGUACUUAUCACCCAGAAGUUCAAUGGUGGGCCAACCACAACGGCAUGAAAUUCAGCACAAAGGACAGGGACAAUGACCGUUAUCAUGGCAACUGUGCAAAAGAAGACAAGGGUGGAUGGUGGUUUAACAGAUGUCACUCUGCUAACUUGAAUGGACAUUACUACAAUAGAGGGCCUUUCAAUGCAAAGACGGAUGAUGGAAUUAUAUGGUACACAUGGCAUGGAUGGUGGUAUUCACUAAACUCCACAGUCAUAAAGAUAAGACCUUCUGAAUUUGUACCAGCUUCAGAAUGAGUGUUCCAAUUUCUCAUGAAAUUUGACUAUAUUUGUAUUAUUGUACUAUAAUGAUUCCUCUCAGUAAUGCUUAUUUCAAUAUGUCAACACUACACUAUUCUGCAUUAUUGUUCCUCCAACAUUUUCCAUAAAGCAAGCACUUAUGGGUAAAAGAAUAAUGCAGUCCAUUUGGUGUUUUCCAUUAGUAGCAAUAUAUAACAUUUAGCAUCUAUCACAAAAUGGAGGUGUCUCAUUAUCUAAAUAACUUUACCUUAUUUUGGUGGGUGGAGUGGUUUGUUUUAAUGCCAGAUAUACGUUACAUUACUCUACAGCAUAAUACAGAAGGUAUAUUGUCACAACUUAUCUGCUUUAUUUUCUUAAAUAUAUUUUAAUUCAGUCAGUAUCAUUUCGUUACUUCAACUGGUGAACAAUUUUCCCAUAUGGCUUAGGUUCCAUCAAUUACUCCAUUUUUGUGUCAUAGAGACUGAGAAAAUGUGGGAUCAUAAUACUGCUUAUGAAAUGUUAUUACAUUAAAUGGAAACUUCCUUGAUGUUUUGAGCACUGCGAAUCUUAUGUUUGUUAAAACCAGUUAAGGCUCAUUGAAACAGAAAAUAGGAGCAGGACAAGGCUGUUCAGCCCUUUGAAUCUGCUCAACCAUUUGAUAUGAUCAUGGUUGAUCACCCACUUCAGUAUCCUGUUCUUGACUUCUCUCCUUACCUGCUGACCCCUUUCAUAUUAAGAAAUAUAUUUAGUUUCUUCCUGUAUAUUUAAUGACUCGGCACCCGCUGCUUUUUGUGGUAGAGAAUGAUAGGUGUUUCUUCAUCUGCAGGCUCACCAUGUCUGGGUGAAGACAUCUUUGCUGAUUCAGGUUCUCAGCAUACCCUGUAUUCAAUGUCUGUGAUCCCAUCACUCUGGACUCCCGAGUCAUCAGGAAUCGUCCCCGCAUUGGGUUUGUUCACUCCUGUCAGAAUUUUACAGGUUUUUAUGAGAUCCCCACCUAUUCUAAGCUCCAGUGAAUAUAGGCCUAACUGACCUAAUCUCUCCUCGUCUGCCACUCCUGCCAUCCCAGGAAUUAGACAAGUAAACCUUUGUUGCACUUCCUCCGUUGUCAAGAACAGUUCUUCUCAGAUAUGGAGACCAAAACUGCACAAAAAAAAGGCCCUGUACAGCUGUACCAAGACACCCUUGCUCUUGUACUCGUAUCCUCUCACAAUAAGGCCAACAUACCAUUUGCCUUCCUUAGUGCUUGCUGUACCCGAAUGUUUGCUUUCAGCGACAAGUGUUAUGAGGACACCCAGGUCUUGAUGCAUUGCUCCAGUGUUCUUGUGUUUAUAAGCUUUCUGUCUCUGACAGUUUUCUCUUUUAUAUCAGACAAGUAUGAUUGAAGUGCUGCCAAAACAAAAUCAUCAUCAACUUCAUUUACUGUCAACAGGCUCUCAGUGAUUUUUUUAAAAAAAUCAUUAACAUUUAUAAGUCACUGACAUCUGCAUUUCAUUUUACUGUCAUCCCUUCCUGUCCUGACUUUUCUCACCCUCCAUAACUAUUCAGUUUGCCAUUUAUCAAGAUUUCUUCUCUGGCGUUCAAAGAACAAUGUAGAAUUGUAAGCAGAGAAAUAAGCUAUUUGCUUAAUUGAUGAAUGCAUUUAUAAACAAGCUUCCUCCCACAGUAAUUAUUCAUUCCCACUCUGUAAAGUUAUAAUGGAAGAGGAAUCACACCAGCAGUAUUCUUGUCAAGAUGAGGGUAAUUAGGCUGAUGAUUGAAGCACGUUGAAUGUGCCUCUAGUGCAGAAAUCCACAUCUAACAAUUACAACUCACCAUUGGGCAUUUGUCGACUUCAUCAGUUGCAGAUUUUUUUCCAGUGCCAUUAUUCUCUUUCCAUGGCAAAUAAAGUGACAGCUGUCCUCAUUUUUUGUGGCUGCAGAUCCUUCCAAAAUGCCAAAAGCAUCAUGUACCAUUAACUGGGAAGCUGUAGGGUUAAUCAGUUGGCAUGAGGACCCUUUUCAUAGGGCAGCCUACUUAAUACAAUGUGGCCUCACCUUCGUGAAGCAUAGGCAGCAUUGUAGGAACGAAACAAUCAGCUACAAAAGCAAGUUAAUAGAAAAAUCACCCACAUGAAAUAAAGCUCAUCUGUAAUGUGACAAGCCAAUGUUUUCCCUUGCUGCUGCAGGAAGUACAAGAGUCAGGUUUUGCAGGAUCUCUUCACUGACUAAUGGACCACAGUGGAAGCAGUUAGACUGUACCUUCUCCAACACACCAGGUGAUACUAAAGAGGAUCUUCUUGGUUUAGAAAGAUCUUAUUGGAAGUCCCCAACUGUGUGAAAAUGUCCAAAUCUACUAAAUAGUUUAUUACAUGACUUAGUGUGGUGUUCCUAAAUGAAAACUUAAGAUAUAUGUCCAAGCUAUAAUAAAAUUGCAUCACCUUCCUACCAGAACAA